AUUUAUUUCCUUUGUUUGAAACAGGCACAGCUCAGGACAGUCCCCUAGCGGCGUAGGACCCCGUCUUCAAACGCCCCGCCCCUUGCCGUCCCUGUCAGUUUCUGCGCUUUUGAGGCGGCGGCCGGGUUCCUGGAGUAGAGAUGCCGCUGUACGAGGGUCUGGGUAGCGGGGGAGAGAAGACCGCCGUGGUGAUAGACCUGGGGGAGGCGUUCACCAAGUGUGGAUUUGCUGGUGAAACUGGUCCAAGAUGCAUUAUUCGUAGUGAAAUAAGAAAGCCUGGUAUUUCAAAGCCAAUAAAAGUUGUCCAGUAUCAUAUAAAUACAGAGGAGCUGUAUCCCAACCUGAUAGAGUUCAUUCACAUGCUGUAUUUCAGGCACUUGUUGGUGAAUCCUCGUGACCGCCGUGUUGUCUUGAUAGAAUCCGUACUAUCUCCUUCCCACUUCAGAGAGACACUUACACGUGUUCUUUUUAAGUAUUUUGAGGUUCCAUCUGUGCUGUUUGCACCAGGACAUCUGAUGUCUCUCAUGACGAUUGGUAUCAACUCUGCAAUGGUCUUGGACUGUGGCUAUCGAGAGACCCUUGUUCUACCUAUAUAUGAGGGUAUUCCAAUUCUGAGCUGCUGGGGAGCUCUUCCCUUGGGUGGAAAAGCAAUUCACAAAGAACUUGAGGCUCAGUUGUUGGAGCAGUGCACUGCCGACACCGGGACAGCCAAGGAUCAGAGCCUCCCAUCUGUAAUGAGCGGUGUACCAGAAGAAGUAGUGGAAGAUAUAAAAGUUCGUAUUUGUUUUGUAAGUGACUUGGAGCGAGGACUGAAAAUCCAGGCUGCAAGAUUUAACAUUGAUGGCAGCUCUGAGCGCCCUGUGCCUCCUCCUGAUGUCGAUUACCCGCUGGACGGACACAAGAUUCUGCACGUUAAAGGAGCUAUCAGAGACUCUGUGGUUGAAUUGCUGUUUGAGCAGGACAAUGAAGAGAAGUCCGUCGCUACUUUAAUACUGGACGCGCUCGUACAGUGUCCUAUAGAUACCAGGAAACAACUGUCUGAAAACAUUGUGGUUACUGGAGGUACAGCAAUGCUCCCAGGAUUUCUUCACCGGUUAAUGGCGGAGAUCCGAUACUUGGUAGAAAAGCCAAAAUAUAAAGAAGCCCUUGCCACCAAAACCUUCAGGGUUCACAAUCCACCUUCAAAACCAAACUGUGUGGCCUGGCUGGGAGGAGCGAUAUUUGGAGCUCUGCAGGAUAUCCUUGGCAGCCGCUCGGUGUCUAAAGAAUAUUACAACCAGACCGGCCGUAUUCCUGACUGGUGCUGCCUUAAUAACCCCCCUCUGGAAAUUAUGUUUGAUGUUGGAAAGUCUGCACCUCCGAUGAUGAAACGUGCCUUCUCCACUGAAAAAUGAAGACACUGACAUUUUUAGCAAAAGGACUAAACUAGAUGUGCAAAAAUGCCGAUAUUUAUUAUAAUCUUCAACGCUAAAAAGAACUUGUGUAUAUAUGUAUUAAAUAUUUUGCCAUGUUUACACUGCAUUACUUAGGUAGUUAUAUUCCAUGAUGUAUUGUAAUACAAUGUGACAUUAGUUACAGGGCUUCAUCAUUCCUUUAUAUAAGCACUCAUCAUACUGUGGACCUUUUGGCUUCAUGGUGGAGGCUGCCAUUCUGUUUUCUUAGUCACGAUCUUGCUUAGAGCUCCACUGAGCUACAGCCUUUAUGUUUAUGAAGUGGUGAUUUGAAUGUUGAUUCAUACCAUAAACGUGGCCACUUUUACCCAUAUGAAAGAUCCAUUGUUGGAAUGCACUUGUCACACAGGCCCUAGGAACUUGGCACUCCUCUAAGGAGCUGAAGGUUAAAUACUUGUCCUCCCUAGGAUACCUGCUUACAAGUACGCAACUAUGUCUGCCCCUGCUUAGGAUACAAGUGCAAAAAUGUAUUCUAUUUCUAGGUAUUAAUGUUGAUGUAUAGCCCUAAGACAGUGUUCCCUAAACAGUGGCUCUACAGUUGCCAAACUACAUAGUUCACCAUUUAUUGCAAAACUAUUCCAAUCAUGUCUUGACAACCUUCACAUGUCAGGGCAUUAUGGGAGUUGUAGUUUGCAGCAGCUGGAAGGCCAGAGAUUGGGGACUACUUGAACCUGGUAGAUGAGAUUUGAGUGGUGGUCAAAGUUUGAUGAACCCCAGUUUUUCAGUAUCACCAAGGUUUCUAUGACCACAUUUCUUGAACCUUCUGCCUGAUUUAUCUGGACAAUAAACAGUCUGACAGCAAUGAUGAUGUUCACUUAUUUUAUUAACUUUAU